CAGAGAGCGGCGGCGGAGCUCGCGCACAUCACACACACUCACGCUCAAGCACACGCUUAAACACACACCGCGGAGCAGCGCGGGUCUAUGGCCUUUGAGAAUCAGCAGCAGCAGCGGGCUGUGGAGUGUGUGUGUAGCAGCAGCAGCACCGCGGUUCUGGAUCAGGUUCCCCGGCUCUCUGCUCACCGUCUGCCCGCACAGAGACUCCUCUCACCGACCCUGCACGCCUCCUCUAGAUGACGCCUCCUCCUUAAUGAGGAACGCUAUGGAAGACCACACAGGCUGGUCUUCCCUGUAGGAUGGUAGCGCACAGUGCAGUGGAAGAUACUUCAGGCACAGCGGAUCGCAGAGCACAGAGGUCAAGGCCCCACCAGCACCCCAGCCCCAGGCCAGACACCCAGACCCACUUCCCCUCCUUCAGGAGCAACGCCGACUUCGAGACCAUCAAAGAGACCACCUCCAUGCUGGAGGAGAGCGGCUUCUACUGGGGACCCAUGACUGUGGAUGAGGCCCACAGCAAGCUGAAGAACGAGUCCGAAGGAACGUACUUGAUCCGAGACAGCCAGCAGAAGGACGUGUUCUUCACGCUGAGCUACAGGGCUUCCUCCGGGCCCGCCAGCAUCCGGAUUACCUUCAAGAACUCUCGUUUCAGCCUGGCCGGGAGCAAGGAAUCCUUCGACUCCCUUUUCAAGCUGCUGGAACACUACACCAGCUCGCCCAAGAAGAGCCUGGUGCGUCCCUACCGCAAGGUGCGGGUGCAGUCCCUGCAGCAGCUCUGCCGCAGGCAGGUUGUCGAGACAUGCGGCGGGCAGGCGUCCGUGGACAGCAUCCCCGUGAACCCCAUCCUGAAGGACUUCCUGCGCUCUUUCCCGUUUCGGCUGUGAGGUCUGAAAAAAAACCUGUGGACUCGUACAGCGCAUUAACGCACAGCUGGGAUAUGCACAUGCUUGAAAUACUUGAUGGACUCUUUGCGGUCCGGUGCCAAUGCCACUGCCACUGCCACCGCCACUGUGCCAAGCGGGCACCUUGUAGCACGGUUGCGCAAGCAAGACUUGAACACUCCACACCUACUUUGAAUGUUUACAACUACCUUAAAUGUUUACACUAUACAGGGAGCUCUGCUUCCUGUGACUCUAAUUUUUUUGCCAUGCAAAAAUAUCGAAUAUUUUUAUACCAGUAUUUUUAUAUGAGUAAUAAAUAUAUUUGUAAACUUUUCAAAACA